AUGCCAACAUAUGUCUCUGCAUCACCGACGUUUGAGGAACCACGAGACUGGGGCAACAAUUAUGGAUCACGAAUCAGGGGUUACUUUGUGCCUAACCAAACUGGGCCACACGUAUUCUUCAUAGGUAUUACAUUUGCAAACAAUAAACAAUUAGAUUACGCUGUAAAUAGGUAUGACGAUGAUGAUUAAAAUUUUUACUAUAAGAAGGGUAUGAUUAUAAUAGCAAUAAUAGAAUUAAAUAUUUAUCAUCAUUAUUAUUAUUAUUAUUAUUAUUAUUAUUAUUAUUAUUGUUCUAUUACAAAUAACGUGGACGGUGAAAAAAUCCCAUAAUAUACAGUUUGACCUGAUUAAGAGGCCAUCUCGCCCUCGCGUUACCGGCAAGUGGCUGCUCUAUAGAGGUUCGUCAAAAAUCAGCAUAAUCUUAAGCAGAAACAUCAUUUUUUAUUUUGAAACAAACGCUCCACGGAAGAAACAUUACUGUUCCACAAUCAAUGACCAAUUCCUAUCUCGGCAUGUAUUUUUCUUCUUCACAUUCUUAAAAUGAAGCCAAACUAAGAGUUUCAAGCGGUUGAUGGCUUGUUAAUAGAGGUGACAACAAAUGUAGAACUCUUGUUGGGACGGCUAACAGGUGGCCGCGGCCGAUUAAUAGAGGUGGAAGAUUCAUAGAGGUUUAAUUUCCCAUUCUUAGCUACAAUUAUUUCGGGACUUUGAUUACUGGCUGCUUAAUAGAGGUUGGCUGCUUAAUAGAGCUUCAGAUGUAGUUGCUUUUUGAUAGCAUUACAUUUGUGUGUAUUUUCUCGUUUUGUAUUAUUGAUUUUACUUUUUCUUUCACAUUUUCUUCAAGAAAGCGAUAAUGAAGGCCAGCUAUUUCUCAGUACCACACUUGACCCAGACAAAAAGAUAUUAAUCUGCAAAGUUCAAAAAGACCACGAGUCACUACCGCUGCAGUUCAAAAAGUAAGACGUCCAGUCUGGCUUUUUAGUAUAAAGGGACCUCUCUAAUUUCUUUCUCUUUUUUCUUUUCCUUUUUUUUUCCAUUUAGCGUUUUACCAGUAGGCGUAAAACUGGCAAACGACGCUUGACAUAAAUUUGCAUCAUAAACAUAGUUUGUAAAAAUGAAGUUGAUAUAACAAAAUACUGUCAAAACAGUAAUUUAUGAUGAAGCUUCUUUUACAGUCGAACCAGGUCAUGCGUACCCUUAAGAUUCCAUUAAUGAAUUUAUUAUUGGAAAGUUGAACCCUUUGGUAGUUAUAGAUUUCAGAUUCAUUUCUGCAUUCUUGCAUGCGUAAUGAGCCGUGAAUUCACACGCGAGGAGGUUAUGAAAUUUCUACCAGGUCAGUUUCGCUCAAUUGAUGUAAAAAUGUCUUCGAAGCAAUUUUAUCCACUCAAAGAUUUUCAAUCUGACCAAAUACAGAGAAGUUCUAGUAAAAUAUUUACUGCUCAUAACGCAUGCAGGAAUGCCGAUUUGAAUUUGACACUAGUUACGGGAGGGACUAACGGAUUUAUUUUUCAACUAAUCAGAUCAUUAUGAUUAAUACAAUCUUGGGGGGAACGCUUGACCUGUGCCUUGACUUUAAUUAGAGUUAAAUGCUCCCUCUCCAAAAUAGAUAAAAGCAUUUGCCCCUUUUUGAAUCGUCUACUUGCUGAGUUACAUUCCUUAUACAUUAUUGCAUGCAAUAUGGAGGUUGAAAACACAUGCAUUGCAUGCACUUAGAAAGUUAAUUUGAAUAAAUUAGGGAGUUGAUUUCGAAUUUCUGGACUGUUAAGGUACCCCGAACAGAAGUCCUACCCAAUCAGCUUGAUAAAAGGUUCUUAUUACUACAUCGAGGCACUUCAUAAGGAACAGUAUGGCAAUGAUUCCUUGGCAGCCGCCGUACAAACACCUGAUAACAAAACCUAUGCACCCAUCCCUUCCCAGUUCCUGUGGACAGCCUCGCCAGUUGAAAACCCAGGUAUACACCCCAUAGAACUAACCGUGUUUCUAUCGAUACCAAAGAACAAUUUAGUACUUAAAGCAUUAAAAACUUUAUCUGAGGAAACCGAUAAUACAUAACCAUCACCCUACACGCAACUUUCCCACGCAUUUCAAGUAGACAAGCAGGCAUUAAUUGUAGCUCCAUAUUUUUCUUGUUUUCACUUUAACGAAGAAAUGUAAUACGUUAUUAUAAAUAUUUUGCCGAAACAGCCCAAGCAAUUUAUCCUUACACGACAACGAUUCCAUUUUUGCCAAAAUCUUACUUGUGGAAGCAAAGUUUUGUCAGUUAACUCAGUCACAAGUCUUACCUUUCGUUCUUCCUGUCUAAUAGUACCUUCCAUUGUUUUCUUUCCAGUGAACGUAGCGAAGGGUUCGUCCUAUAUUCUCUUAAAAAUAGCAGCAAAGGCCGGAGCCAAGGCUGGUGCUUCUCUUGGGAUAGCUCAAGCCCAAAAAAGUGGAGCAGAGGCAGGGGCAGAGGCAGGUGCUGAAGCCGGUGCCAAGGCUGGAGCUGAAGCAGCAGCUCAAGCUGCAACUAAGGCUGCAACAGAAGUGGCCACCAAAACACUGAAAGAGGCCUUGCUCAAACUGACAAAACUAAGCAAACCGGUGAGUGUUUCUGAUAUGACGCCGUCCUUCAAACAAGCCAUAUAAUUGCUAUAUUUGCCACUGUUUCCCACUUGGAUGAAUAUUAUUUAACAAUUAAAGUGUCGUUUUUAACUUGCAGUCCCACUGGAACUGAAAAUGUUACUUUCUUAAAGGUACGGCGCUUGAUUUGUCAGCGGACUGGAAUUGUCAUCCGGAGGCCAGAGAUCAAACGUUAUUCUGACCACUAGCUUACGAUUGGCUUUUUACUCACGGUCCUAAAACAGAACUCCUUGUCUUCCCUUGCAAAGAGCCAACUGAUCAGCUUCCAACCAGUGAUGGAUAAUUUUCUGCCCUCUUUGAAAUGAUAGGGUCGUUUAUUUAAACGAAGUCUAACUUAGAACGCGGUUUAGAAAAUCUUUGGACCUCCAGAUCUCCCCAUAGUGGGUUUUUUAAAGAAGACAAAUGCUUUUCUAGUCUACGCCAUACGCUUUCAUGAAACUGUUCACGAUAAAUGGUGUUAACAUAAAAGCGUUUUGCAAACUGGAAACGGCUUGGGACGCGGUUUUGUUAAACACCGGCUAAACUCCGUUUAAAUAUCUGGCCCAUAAAGUUUACUGAUUGUCUUUUUUUUUAAAUCACUGAUUCGCCCGACCCAGACACUGUAGCCUCGCGCUAUAACCCUGGUUUGCACUUGACGUCACGGUCAGCAUGUUGGUGAUCAAGAACAAAUUGGCAUUUGUCUCUGCUGGGAAAUAAACUCCAUUUUCAUGUACAUUUUCGAAAAAAAGUAUCGUAUUGACUACCUACGUGGCCGCCUUGUCACGUGCUUACAAACCAAGAAUAUUUCUCAUAUUUUUGUUUAUCAGGUAUUCAAUAUCUACACGGCAAACGGAAGUGUGAUUUCUCGUCCAGUUGCAUCUUCCAAACCUGGAAGUGAAAUAGGUGCUACGACGGCGGAAGGUAACAUUAGUGGCCAAAUUGCUCAAACUGGCCAAACUGGACUAACGGGAGCACACAAGGGAGUUGAAGUAGAGGCGUCAAGCCAUGUUGGCAAAAUCCGUGGUUCUUUUUCCUACAACCCAGAAAAACCAUUUUACAUUUUCCCAGGCAGCUCUCCUAACGUCCAUAUUAGAGCAACACAUCAUCAGUUUCUGGACCAACGGGGAUACGCCCGAGUAAGUAAGUUGAAAGAAAAAGUCCAAACCUAAGAUUCAGGAGGGUUGUUGGAGGGGAUGCUUCGGAUCCUCUGACAUUUUCCACUCCGACAAGAAAUUUCAAAUAAAGUUAUUGACUAGUUGCUCUGAAUAUAAGGGUGUUUAUAGUUGAAGUUUACUAGAAAUUUAAAAAAGUCUUUGACGGUGAAGAAAAUUGAAAAUGAUAAUCUGACAGUAUAUUUGUAGCGAAGAACCGAUGCAUCUGAGACCCUUAAAUAAACUAUAUUCCUGAAUCCUCCUCUGUAAAACCUCUGCACAAAGUUCUUGUUAAUUAAUUUGUGGCCUUGCAAACAGCCUGAAGAAAAUUGCUGAGCAAAUUUUAGCUAACCAAAUCGAGAUAAUCAUUUGCUUUUCCAAUUUUCCUCUCGAAGUUCCUGGUUGUAGGUAAGUACAAAUACUGUGUGAAUGUGGCUUUCAUCAUGCGAAGGAAAUUUAAUUGGACAAGAAAAACUGCAGAAUUCAAUCAAGGCCUUUUUAAACGGUUAAACUUGAAAAAAAAAAUGUGCAGAAGCUAUUAAAAUUUUAAUGGUAGAAAACCUAUAUUAUUUAAGUCUAAUUCUUAGCUUAGAUGCAUUCUCUUUUAGUUCUGAAAACUGCAUUACCAUCCGAAAGAAAACGUUGCGUGAUUAUAUUCUGUAAUGAGAGAGAGAGAGUGCUGCCUAAAAAUGAUAUUAAUUAAAUCGUUUUCACUGUGACUGUGGCGUUGUGUAGUCUUACCACGAUAAUUUACUUUUCCUUACAAAUGUAGGUGUACGAACGGUCAAUUUUUCUAAUAUUUUGUUUUAUAACUUGAAAUCCAUCCGAUUUUUUGUCACAGUUGUACAUGGAGGUCUUUAUGUUUUCCACUCAUUGGACGUUCCUGCAAAUCAGAAUCCAGUAGAAAAUCUCUGCUGGCGAAUCACCAACGGGAAACUGGAAAUGACCCAAAACUGCCAGGUUGUUUCUGUAGUUAAUGAGAUAAUAACCUAUCUGACCGUGGUUGGUUGUUAAAAGGUAUAUGGUGGGUAGAGAUAAGCUGCGUGGACAGCUAUUCCUUUACCAAUGUUGAAGACUCGUCAGCAUGGUUGGAAUUCCUUUUGCAUUCAGAUUCGAUUCGUAGUACACGGCUGGAUCGAUGAUCGCUUUUUUAGGGGUAGGAAGGGAAAGGUAGGGUAAUAUCAAUCAUGAUGAUGAUGAAAAUGAUGGUGAUGAUGAUGGCGGUGGGGCUAACUGUAACGUAGAUUAGUAAAUACGUUGUGAAGAAAAUUUUUUAAAUUGGAUUGAACUGAAUAAUUAGUUUAUUUACAUCUACUUGGAUUUUGGAAACCGGGUUAGCAAACAUUUUAUACUUUCUCUCAACUUCCCAUGCCUUUGCACUUUUAAUGCGUUGUUUGCUAAUGUUUCAAUUUUUUUCUCUGUUAUUUCUUGGUUACGAAUUUGUGUAGAAGUGGCUGUAGACAGAAUCUCGCGAAUUUCUAUCUAACCCCUCCCCCCUCCUUUUCCCCCUCUUUGGUCUUUUCCCGUUCCUAACCACAAUCUUUUCUCCAACACAAGUGACAGUAAUUUGAAAUCAGUGCGCGCCUAAAGCUGGUUUUGGUGCUGCCUAGCAGUUUAUAUUUCGUUGUAUGUCAGCUUGAGAAACGUUUCUCGGAGAGCAUUAUCUAAAGCUCUGAGAUGGGACAAAUUUAAUACGAUUCGCAGAGUCUGCAUCGUCCAAUACAGUACCGUAUUCUCGUUUCAUUUGGCUAAAUGGAUCAAUGAACCUGUUCCGGGCUAAAACAGAAAGGUACGAUAUAGUUCGCUUUUUUAAGUCUUUGACCUCGGAAACAGGGUUCUAGCUAAGAGUCAAAUCUAUUACACGAGAGCAAAAUUGCUGAUGAACUUUGACGUGGGCCCAAACUUUAUUCUCGUGUGAAAACAGGGUCUAUGCUAAUCUGCCGACCGUGUGACUUUACAUCCGGGAACUUGAAUAGGACCGUGAGUGUAAGAGAAAAGUCUAGGGGCGUUUAUCCGCCAAAAGGCUGAGUUUUUCCAAGUUAUUUGAUGAUAUUUCGCUAGUGUUAAACGUGAAAAGUUUAUGCGUGGUUGUGGAUAGUCUUAUCAGUACAGCGAAAGUGUAUGGUUGUGGUUUUUCCGGAUGUAGUUGACAGGCAAACUUAGGCAUGUGGUUUCUUGGUUAAGUUGUUGCACCAAAAUAUUCUGUACCAGCCACAAAAACACUUCGUCGGUGUUUAGCUUAGGUGAUUGUGCCUUGGAAACCAAUUCUCGAAUCAGGAAAAUUGGAUCUAGGUCUAGUUUGACAUAGUUUAAUCGGGCUUUUGGCUUUGAAAUAAACAAACCAAAGGCCGGUUUUUGCAGAUCAGGUUAUAACUUAAACUUUCUAGACUGAAAUGACACCGGUUUGAAACUUCACGGAGUUCAAUUACUGAAUAAAAUUGCUCUAAAAUUUGCGAUCUUUUAAAUCUGGACUAGGUGAAAUGGUUCCAGUGACCGCUAACUCACUGCUCGGUGUCAGUUAAAGGCUUUCAAUCGGCCUUUGAAUGAUUUUUCAUUGUUUUAAAUUGCCAAGGAGUAGAAUAAGUUAAUUUUUCGCUAACCCGGUUUUCAAAAAUUCAGGUAUACUUAUAUCAUUGCAAUUGAUGGAUAGGUUUUCAUCGCCCACAUCCCCGGAUUUAUGAAGGGAACUGGAGAAUUUCAGACAAUAUCAUUUGAGUCAGCAUGUGCCCCUGGUCACUAUAUUCGACAAAAGAACUACAAAUUUGUCUUGGGAACAAAAGGAGACCCAAAAUUUGGUAAGUGACAUUCAAAGAUGCCAAAGCACUUCAAAACUUUAAGAUCAUUCUUUGAUUGCAAUAACGGGAGAAAUUUUCAAGGCCUUUUUGCCACAAUUUUUAAAAAAAGGCAAGGGCAUGAUAGAGGAGAAAUUGCGCCAUCAUUUUGCUUCCUGCUCUCGACUACGUAAAAAGGACAAAAAAAUUUCAAUAGUAAUAUUUUGUAAGGAAAUCUUAUUUUAUAUUUUGCUUGUUGAAUCCGGAAUCGUGGGCUUUGGAAUCCGGAGUACAGCUCAAGGAAUCCGGAAUCCAAGUUCCACUGCUUAAGUCCAGAAUCCAGUACCUGCAAUUUAUUAGAAUGCACGACGUGGAAUCCAGAAUCCGAGACUGUCUAGGAUUCCUUUACAUGGGUCGAUACUGUAAACUGUAGUAAAUAUGCUCAUUACUUUGACUCUCAGAUUUUGAUGCCAGUGCAGCCUUCCACCAGGUAUUUUCAUUGCCAGGAACAUUUCAGUUCAGCCUAAUGAGAAAGGGAUGGUAUAUUUGCCAUAGCAAGGACACGGAGUAUCACAGAGUGGAUGUAGUCACAGACUUCAACAUGGCGUCCAUGCAAUGGUUUAGGCGAUGCUCAUUUGCCUUAAGACCUAUUAAAGAUGGAGAGGAUCAAUUGAUGAAUUGUUUCAACAUGGUUACAACGCCAGAGCCUCCUGUGACUCACGCAACUUCAUCAAAACCAACCAGCCGUCCCUCAAUAAGACCAACGACAAGUCACAAGCCUAAAGGUAAUCAGCAUAAUCCUUUAUUGGUAGAAAUGAAGGCUUUUCGUAAUGGCAGAGCUCACUCUUCUGGCUUUCAUUGAUAUUACCAUAAAUUGUCGCUUAUAAGCCCUUGGCUUAUACAUCUUCGUCUUAAGUUUUACGAGGGCUUUAUAAACGGAGGGCCUUUUAUCCGCGGAGGGGGUUUAUAACCGGAAAAGGCAUCAUUUUUUCAAAUGAUGCCUACACCCUGACAAGUGCGAGCACACUUCAUACAGUUUAAUUAAUCGCCCCUGCCCAUGUAAGGUAAUCCAAGACAGACUUGGACUCAGACUGGAUUCCUCGCUCUGAAUUCCGGAUUCCUAGCCAGUGGUACUUGCUUUCUAGAUUCUAACUGUUAGCGGAAUACCUAAAUCUGGAUUACCUUAAGUGGGCGCAAGUUUUAUCUGUGACUUCAGAGAAUUAGGGUCAAUAUUAUACAUUGUGGAUGUAAGAAAAAGAUGAGAUAAUCUUAACUAGAAGAAAAUAAGCUUAAGGAUGUUGUAAGUAGUCAAACAAACAGAAUCGGAAUUGAGCCCAUGAAUUCCGGAUGACCUGUUGGACACACGUUCACGAGUUUGCUCCUGUUCGAGCUACUACAAAUGAUUUUUCGAAAAUUCUCGUUGUAAACUUUCAUUGCGUACAGUUUUGCUGCAUACAUAAAAGUGACGCGUACGCUGCUCAUGGUUUUUUCGCUUUUUAGAGGGUUUUUGAGUACGUAUUCAAACCGAAAAUUUCCAUCGAAUUUGCUUAAUUUCAGGUCCUUGCGCAUACUUCCACUUUAUCAACACGGUUGAUAUACCCAUCAUCCUAUAUUCCAGUCUCAAACCAGAAGGUUAUUUGGUCACAGGACACGAGUUAGAUCUUCAUUACGUUAUAAAAAAAGGUCGAGCGGUAGGUUUUAAAGAGAUGCGGAAGAAAUCAAGGGUUUCAGGUGAUCAAGGAGAGAAUGCUUCCCAGGUAAGAUCUGGUAAAAAAAAAGGUCAGUUUACUCAAAAGUAGACAUGCCAUUGUUAUUUCAAAAUUUUCACUAGGUGAACACUAUAUGGCCGUAAAAAUACAAGGACCUAAUGUGCCAGGGUUGGGUUUGCAAAGAUGAUUUGACCUCCAAUGAUGAACUCUCAAGGUUUCCUCUCCGUCCUCACCCCUCAGGAGUGCCACAAUGCAACCGAAAUUUUAUCAGCCUGUUUUUUUUUAUUUCUCAAAAAAAGUAUCAGUCCACCGAAAACGAAAUCGAUCGCUUAAGAGUGACAAAUGAUACUCGAGUGUCUGCCUUCUUUGUUUUCUCGAUGUUAUUAAGGUAACGGAGAUUCUAUGUAGCUUAUUUUUAAACUAACAUAUUUGGCCGCUACCGAAAUAAGUUAUCAAUACUCCUUGCGCUAAUUUGCAGGACAUGGAUGUACCAGGAAAAAAUCAACAUCUUUACCUUGACGAGGCUUCAGCCAAGCUAUCGGGAGGUCAAAUAAUUACGUUUUGGGCUAAAGAUCCAACCGGAAAACGUGAAGUCUUCAUUGAUGGAAAAAAGAUAAUAUAUGUCAUUCCCGGUCUUGACUGUGAUCCUUCUAUUGAAGUCACACUGACUUCGAGGCCCAAGAAACGUAUGGCUACUCGUUUAACAUUCCUUAGCCCUUAUUUAACAACACUGUUAUGCAAUUUAGUAAGCAGACUUAAGGCUGUAUUGAAUAAUCUCCUCUAUAUACUUUUAAGACAUGAUUUUAUUUUAGAGUUUUUUUUGUUUGUUUGUUUCUGUUGUUCUUUUUCUAUUGGUCUAACUGUAUUGCUCAUACUAUGGGUUAUUUAAACUUGCGCUAUAAAGAAUUAAUUUCGAUGUCCCUUUUUCUCAGGCACGUCAACAACGAAGCCAACGACCUCUACACAAUCACCACCUUCAACAACUCAUGUUACAGCAUCACCAGUUCCUCCAACCUUCCCUCCCUCCCCUCCUCCUCCUCCUCCUCCUCCUUCUCCGCCCUCACAACCACCUCCUCCUCCUCCACCACCACCGCCACCACCUACUACUAUCCGACCACCACCUACUACUACUCGACCACCACCACCUCCAACCUUCCCUCCCUCCCCUCCUCCUCCUCCUCCUCCACCCGCCCCGCCACCACCUCCACCACCACCGCCACCACCUACUACUAUCCGACCACCACCUACUACUACUCGACCACCACCACCACCACCUCCUCCACCACUUGAACCCCUUCCCCCUUCUCCACCUCCACCCUUUCCUCCAUCGCCUGCACCUCCUCUCCCCCUCCCCCACCCCCUGCUUUACCUUCUACACCUACACCUUUGCCUCCUCCUAUUCCUCCUCCUUCUUCUACUCCCGCCUCUACGCCAUGUUCUCCACGAUUGCCACCAAAAUCGCAUUACACUACAACAGUGCGACCCUGCUCACCCACGAAACCAGUCAUGCCACCGCCACAACCGUCUAUCCCAACCUUACCUCCCAAGACUCAGCCUCCUGUGCCAGCACCUACCUCGGCACCAUCCGUGACAACACCAACCACUCUACCAGUAACACUUCCAACUUGCGGUCCUAAUACAACUAGGGCCCCUUUCUUGACAACAACAAUUCGACCGUGCAAACCAACCACUAAGCCUCAAUAUACCACACUUCCACCCUGUCCUCCCAAUCCUAACAACUUUCCCCCGGGACCUCCACCUUGCAAACCUUCCCUUAGCUCUCCCUCUCCCGUUCCAAAGCCAACUCCCCCUCCACUUUCUCCUCCAUCAUGUUCAUCACCAGGAAAACCUUCAACACCUGGGUUAG